GAGAAUUUUAAGGUGAAAGGAUGCAUUGAUUUGGUGAAAAUUUAUAUAUUUUUUUUUAUUAAAAUUAAUAAAAAUGGAAACAACAAGUGAAAACCAACCGAAAGAACAGCCGCUUCGACCGUUUAAAUUGGCUCACCAAAUUGUCAGCUUGACCGGCAUAAGUUUUGAAAGGAAAAGUAUAAUUGGUGCUGUUGAACUGACCAUUGUACCUACCAAAGAGAAUUUAAGAAUUAUAAGAUUGAACGCCAAACAGUGUCGCAUAUACCGGGUGCUACUCAAUGAUGUUUGCGAAGCAGAUUUUGUUUAUUUUGAUCCAUUUUUGGAUAUUUGCCAGGGUGAUGCAAAGACACGUUCCUUGGAAACUUUAUCGAAAAAACAUUUAACUGCGGCACAAAAAACGGAUCCCGAUGUUAAUUCCGGUGAGCUUUUGAUACAAAUACCACCUGAGGGCUAUCAUAUGAUACAAGAAGGUCGUGGUCUGCGCAUAGGCAUAGAGUUUUCUUUGGAAAAUCCCCAAGGUGGCAUACAUUUUGUUAUACCACCCACCAGUGAAGAUGAAACACAACCCAAUAGUUCCCAUAUGUUUACUUAUGCCUAUGAGAAUUCAUCACGUUUGUGGUUUCCCUGUGUAGACAGUUUCGCCGAUCCUUGUACUUGGAAAUUGGAAUUUACGGUCGAUAAACAUUUGACAGCGGUGUCGUGUGGUGAAUUAAUGGAGGUGGUUAUGACUCCGGAUUUGAGAAGGAAAACCUAUCAUUAUUCUCUUACGGUACCCGUGUGUGCACCAAAUAUUGCUUUGGCGGUGGGACCAUUUGAAAUUUUCGUCGAUCCUCAUAUGCAUGAGGUGACUCACUUUUGUUUGCCUCAAUUGCUGCCCUUGCUCAAAAAUACUGUCCGAUAUUUACACGAAGCUUUCGAAUUCUUCGAAGAAACAUUGUCUACCCGCUAUCCGUUCUCAUGCUACAAACAGGUAUUUGUAGAUGAGGCAGAUGCCGACAUAAGUGCUUACGCCACCAUGAGCAUAGCCUCUGUACAUCUUUUGCAUUCCAUUGCAAUCAUAGAUCAAACUUACGUUUCACGUACUCUUAUGUCCCGGGCAGUAGCCGAACAAUUUUUCGGUUGCUUUAUAACUUCACAUCACUGGUCUGAUACUUGGUUGGCCAAGGGCAUAGCUGAGUAUUUGUGUGGUCUGUAUUCGCGUAAAUGUUUUGGCAAUAAUGAAUAUCGUGAAUGGAUUCAAAAGGAAUUGGCGCGAGUGGUGAAAUAUGAAGAGCAAUAUGGUGGCAUAAUUUUGGAUUGUAGUCAACCUCCAGCUCCACUGCCUGUUAGUGGUACUAAUCCUUCGGCUGCUGCUGCUAAACAACAGGAAAUUGUUCAUUAUUUUCCCAUUAAAAGUUUACACACCGUCUCUCCAAAAUAUGUGGAAGCGAUGAGAAGAAAGGCUCAUUUGGUCAUUCGUAUGUUGGAGCAUCGUAUUGGUCAGGAGUUGCUGAUACAGGUUUUCAAUAAGCAACUUGCAUUAGCCACCAAUGCCGCCACCACAAAAAUCGGUUCAGGUCUUUGGCAUCAUCUCCUGAUCUCUACAAACAUUUUUAUUAAAGCCAUUUUUACCGUUACCGGUAAAGAUAUGUCCGUCUUCAUGGAUCAAUGGGUUCGUACUGGUGGCCAUGCCAAAUUUUCUCUUACUUCAGUUUUCAAUCGCAAGCGUAAUACAAUUGAAUUGGAAAUACGUCAAGAUUUCGUCAAUCAACGUGGUGUACGCAAAUACAAUGGUCCUCUAUUAGUACAACUUCAAGAAUUGGAUGGUACUUUCAAGCAUAUGCUACAAAUUGAAAAUACAGUGGUAAAGGCCGAUAUUACUUGCCAUUCGAAAAGCAGACGUAAUAAGAAAAAGAAGAUUCCUUUGUGCACGGGAGAAGAAGUUGAUAUGGAUUUAUCGCCUAUGGACGAUUCUCCAGUUUUAUGGAUACGUCUUGAUCCUGAAAUGAUUUUAAUACGUGAUCUAAAUAUAGAACAACCAGAUUUUCAGUGGCAAUUUCAAUUGAGACAUGAACGUGAUGUAACAGCCCAAUUUGAAGCCAUUCAUGCUUUAGAAAAGUAUCCCACAAAUGCUACACGUGCGGCACUCACAGACACAAUCGAAAGUGAGCAAUGUUUUUAUAAAGUUAGAUGUGAAGGAGCGGAUUGUUUAACAAAAGUGGCCAAUCAAAUGGUUACACAAUGGAGUGGCCCACCAGCCAUGUUAAACAUCUUUCGCAAAUUUUUUGGCUCAUUCAGUGCUCCUCAUAUAAUCAAACAAAAUAACUUUGCAAAUUUUCAAUUAUACUUUUUGCAAAAAGUUGUACCAGUAGCUAUGGCAGGCCUUCGCACCUCUCAUGGCAUUUGUCCGCCCGAAGUUAUACGUUUUCUGUUUGAUCUAUUCAAAUACAACGAUAAUACACGCAAUCAUUACAGCGAUGUUUAUUAUAGAUCAGCAUUGGUAGAUGCUUUGGGUAACUCAAUUACACCUGUUGUAUCAGUGGCCUUAAGAGGCACUCCCAUUACUUCGGAUAGUUUAUCAGCAGACGCUAAGUUAGUGCUAGAGGAGGUAACACGUUUAUUGAAUUUAGAAAAACAUUUACCUUCUUAUAAGUAUAUGGUGUCGGUAUCAUGUUUAAAAGUCAUACGUAAACUACAGAAAUGUGGUCAUUUACCCUCAUUGCCCAAAAUCUAUCGCUGUUAUGCUGCUUAUGGCCAAUAUUUAGAUUUACGUCUUGCUGCUAUGGAAUGUUUGGUGGAUUUUGUUAAAGUUGAUGGCAGAUGGGAAGAUUUGGAUCAUUUAAUUACUCUGCUGGAAACCGAUCCAGAUCCAGCGGCCCGUCAUGGUUUGGCUCAGUUGUUAAUUGAUAAUCCUCCGUUUACGAGAGAAUCACGUAGUCGUUUGGACCGUCCGGAAUUGGUGGAGCGAUUGUGGAAAAAUAUGAACAACAAAUUGGCAUUCGAUACAAAACUGCGCUGCGACAUGGUCGAUCUGUAUUAUGCCCUAUACGGCACUAAACGACCUCUAUGCUUACAAUCCGCUGAAAUGAAUAGCAUGUACAAAGAUUUUGUGCGUGAAGGAACAAUGAAAAAAUCAUCUUCAAGCUCAACAAAAACACCGCCACCCCCACCCGAAAUAAAAGCAGAAGCUCCACGAAAUAAUAAAGAUGAUGUCGAUGGAGGAGGCCUAGAGCAAAAGCAAUCAACUAACAAUAGUCUUAAACGAACAGCUACAGAAGCGUUUACUGUUGGAGAUGAAAUCAUUAAGCUGGAAACACAUGAAGAGAUAACAGUGGCCAAUGAAGUUAUAAAAGAUGAAAUAUAUGAAACAGUGAGCAAAGUGGAUAUAACCACAACACUUAACACUGAGACGGAUAGUUAUAGUUCGGAAAGUAAAAAGCUCAAGAGUGAGGUAUUCGAUGAAGAUGAAAAUUCUAUAACCAUUAUAGAUAUAUCGGAAUCGACAGUGACACGCAUGGAUAGUAGCUUUGAUUCAGCUAAAGCUGAUAGUGAAUUGAAACAUAAAAUGGAUGGUGCAUCCAAGAAAAAGAAAAAGAAGGACAAGAAGAAACACAAGCACAAGCAUAAACACAAGCACAACAAAGAAAAGGACAAGGAACGUGAUCGCCGGGAUAAAAAAGAUCCCAGCAUCUCGCGGCUACAAGCUAAAGAGGCUACACCAGAAACUUUAAGUUCUGCCGAUAGCAGCAACAGCAAUAGCAAUCCACCGUUUAACUUCCAACCAUAGCACAGGUUUUUAAAUCACUCCAUUAAGUUUGAAUCGUUCUUAACGAAGAAGUAGUAGUUGUUGUAAGUAAAUGCCUGUUCCACGAACAGCAUUUAUACCAAACAUUUUAUUUUAUUUCCAUUUUUUUUUAUUUCAAAAUACAUACACAGAAUUUUAUAUUUUUUAUAUAGCAUAGUUUAAGUAUGAAAAUUCAUACAAUAAAAAACACACUUACAUACAUACACUUUGUAUUUAUAAAAUGUAUAUUUAAUGGUCAAACAUUUAUUUUACUCCUAAUGGCAUAUUACAACUAUUUAAAGUUAAAUUUUAAAAUUUAUAUCAAAAAGUUUUUAAUCUAGAGAAAGAAAAAAUAUGUAUGAAUGUAAUCGCAUAUAAAUGUUUUAUUUGAUAUUCAAUGUCGUAGUGUUAAACAAUAAGUUGAAAUUGUAAUAAAAGAAAUCACAUAUAUUCGAUUUAGUACAACCCAUAUA